AUGGAGGCGAUCGCCAAGCAGUCCAACUUCCUCUUCUCCCCCAUGUCCAUCCGGGCCGGGCUCGCGCUGCUCGCCGCGGGCACGCACGGUCCGACGCUGCGCCAGCUGCUCACGUUCCUGGGUUCCGAGGACACGCACCACCUCGACGAGGCCAGCGCGAGGCUCCUCGCCAACGUGGGCGCGUGGCCGCAGCUCUCGUUCGCCGCCGCCAUCUUCGUGGACCGCUCGCUCAACCUCACGCCGGAGUUCGCGUCCUCCGCCGCUUCCGCGCAUCAGGCCGCGGCACGGUCCGUCGACUUCGAGAACCGGCCCGCGGCGGCGCUCGCCGAGGUGAACGCUUUCAUCGCGCAGGCCACGGCGGGGCGUCUGCGCAACGUCCUCCCCGAGGGCGCCGUCGGCGGCGGCACCACCAAGGUCGUCCUCGCCAACGGCCUGCACUUCAAGGCGACGUGGGCGCGGAGGUUCGACCCGUCGAACACCGUCCGCCGCCACUUCCUCCGCCGCGACGGCAGCCCACCCGUGCGGGUGCCGUUCCUGUCGGACGCCGGCAGGCACUACGCCGAGAGCUUCGACGCCCCGGGCCUGGGGUUCAAGGUCCUCCAGCUCUUCUACAAGAUGGUGGGGCGCGACGGCAGGCUGGACUUCGGGGCGCCGUGCUUCUCGAUGCUCGUCUUCCUCCCGCACAGGCGCGACGGGCUCGCCUACCUCCUUCGCCUGGCCGUCACCCAGCCGGACUUCGUCAUGCGGUGCGUGCCCCGGCGCCAGCAGCUCGUCUGCCCGUGCAUGGUCCCCAAGUUCAGGUUCUCCUGCAAGUUCGAUGCGCGGAACGCGCUCCGCCAGCUCGGGCUGUCGGCGCCGUUCGACAAGGACGUCGCCGACCUGUCCGGGAUGGUGUCGAACAUGCCGCCCGAGGGGCUGUACGUGUCGGCCGUGCGGCAGGCGUGCGCCGUGGAGGUCGACGAGGAAGGCACGACGGCAGUUGCAGCGACGUACUCCGCUUCAAGCCCAACCUACAGCCCUCCGGCGAAACCCCCGCCGCCGCCGAUGAGCUUCGUGGCGGAGCACCCGUUCAUGUUCGCGAUCGUCGAGUACGAGAAGGCCGAGGUCUUGUUCCUAGGCCACGUCAUGGACCCUUCAAAGAAGGAUUGAAUCGGAUCAGGCGCAGUUUCAUGGUUUGGGCUUCCUCAAUAACGAGUCCGUCAAACAAAGAUGACGCUAGUUGGGCUAAGGCCUCAUUUUGACCGUCUUUGUGCCAUAAGCCCAUAAUACGUUGAGAUAUUUGCAGAAUUUGUAUUGUUAUACAAGGAGAUACUCAAAGUAUACUUUGA